AUGAGUCCGGACACUAAGGCGUUUUUGAUCCUGAUCAAACAACAAGCCAAUCCAUGGGUUCAAAACGCGCUGAAGGAGUACCCCCAAUAUGCAUAUCGAAGCUUGGCAUCGACGCGGGACCCUCUUCUCAGAUCCUCUCUACAUUGUGCAAUGGUUCGCAACAAGCUGGCAGGCUACGUCGAGGAUCACACAGCCAAAGUUCUUCAACAAGCCAAGAAAGAGUUGCUUGGCGGCCUCAUGGUGAGCAUUGAUUUAAGUAAGGCCUUUGAUCUUCUCAAGUACUCGGAGAUGAUGCUAGCUUUAAGGGACACAGGGAUGCCGGAGCCACUCUGCAGAAUGCUCUUGCACAUCCAUAUGCAGACGAAGCUUUUAAUAGAACAUGGUGGCUACUCUCGCACAGCAUCCAUGCACAGAGGACUACGUCAAGGAUGUUGUGUGGCUCCCAUGAUCUAUGCGUGUUGGACCAUUCGAUUAUGCAAGGUUCUGGAUGCCCGGAUGCGCCCCACCGGCUCAUCGACAUCAGGCACGUGGACUCAGCAUCACUUGUCCAUUUAUGCAGAUGAUAAGCAUUGUCACUGGGAAAUUGACUCCAUCCGCAGUUUCAAUAAUGCUCUAAUUGAUCUACGGACUGUAUUAAACACCAUUGUGGAGCUUGGAAUGCAGAUCAGCAUCCAGAAAUCCCUGGCGACCAUUGCUCUCAAAGGCGCGAAGGCGGCCAGCAUCAUGCGCAAGCACAUUAAAAGCUGGAACGGUCAGCGUAGUCUAGUCCUGCGUGAAGACUCACAUGACAUACACAUUCCGCUAACAGACGAAAUGCAGUAUUUGGGGGCUGUGUUGACCUACGGCAACUUUGAGAUGGCAACGGCAAAGCGUCGCGUGCAGCAGGCCAAUCUCAACUACGCGCAGCUCAAGCCUGUUCUACGCACGAAUGGACCCCUGAGCCAGGAAUCACGACUUCAGCCUGUCGUCUUCUACAAAGCACGGCAUCUCUACCUCUUCUUCAGCAUCUACAACAGCAGGAGCAACUUGGCAGUGUACAACGGCAUGGCACCACAGCAGUGCUGGUACAGCAGGCGUGGCAGCAGGUGCAACAACAUGUCAUCACUCAAGCUCGCAGUCUCAGCGCGCUAUUUCGGCGACCAUGCAGUUCUGGCAUACAAGUGGCUCCGACAACAGGACUGCAGCCACAUCACUGACCAGGACUACCAUCCGACCAUGCCCAGAAGAUCCGAGGUGCUCGGGCAGGAUCUUCAGAGUCGAAGCCUCAAAGUAUUCAGGCAGAGUCAGGCCAUGCAUGGAACCAUUGCGCAAUACUUCACCGGCAGGGCCCUGAGCAGCGAAGUUAUCGCACAGAGGGCAGCGAAUCAUGCGACCCCGUGGACAUGCAGACUGCAGCUACGCAAUCCUCACGCGAUGUGCUAUGUCAAUGCUGGUGUCCUAGCUCUGCUGCACUGCAUCGAGAUUGGGGAUAUCGCUACGCCAGAGCUCCAAUUCCUGAUUAAGGUUGGGGAAAAGGCGGCUACAAAAGCCAGCAAUCUGCUGCUUCCUCAGAUGCAACUCUUUCGCAGGCUCACUCCAGAGUGGACUUUCCAUGAUGAACAACAGGACACCGCGGAGUAUCUCCACGCCUUUUUCUCUGGGGUUAUGAGUCUACAGGCCAUAUGGGACUCACGCACUCAGACAUUGGAGGGCAUUCGACUUCGCGCGCAAGGUUCGCAACCUGUUGCUAUCCCCCUCACGUCUGCAGGUGGCAGGGCUGAUCUCCAAGCGCUCAUCCACGCAUGGCACCGAACUGAGGACACAAAUGCGCUAACCUCGACUGCUCCGCUCAUCUGUCUUCAACUUGGCAGAUAUGUCGAGGCAGGCAAGCAGAUGACCGCACUGAACAUCUCCGACACAGUCAUGAUCCCAGUUUUCGAUGACCUAUCGCGAACCCAAUGGCAUGAAUAUCGGCUGAAUAGUGCAAUCAUCCAUCUUGGCAGGCAGCGGCGAGCCCCGACGCAGAUCACGCAUAGCCGGGCUCGAACACAGCUGCUGGCACUCCCGGGUACUUCGAAGGCCAUGAAUCGUGCGUUGGAGGAGGUGGAUACUCCGAUGCCAGAGGCCCAAGAACAUGGCUUCUUUGAUAAGUACUGGCCGGCACUUUCCAAGGGCGCGGGCUCGAUUGGGGACGGGUCUACUGCACCAUCGCUCGCUGCGGAGAAUGAGCCCACCCAAGCAAAUCCUGAGCGAGCUCCCAAAGCUCCCAAGACAGACGUCGACAAAGCAGGCAACGGCAAAGGGAAUGCUUCAGCGAUAUUCCACACUGAGCAUGGCUCCAAGCGUCGUGGCCGCGACUCACGCAAUCAAGGAGGCAGCCAAUGGGAUCAAAGGCAAUGGAGCAGCUGGGGCAAUCCUAAGAGGCAGACCUCCGAUCGCGAAAAAUCUCUGGAGGAAGAGAUAGCCACUCUCAAGGAGUGCAUCUUCUCCAUGCAGAAGUUGGCGCUACGACAUGAGGAUUUCCUGUGCUGCCUACGCGCUGAAGUUUCAUGGGUAAUGUUCUUGCGUGUGGAUAUGCGUGCCAGUGUUGUGAAGCCGUUGUAUGCCAUGCAGCAAGAAUGGCGCGACCUCAAGGACAAAUCCCCGGAAAAACUUACUUCCACCAUGCGCGUGGCUCUGGUGAAGGCUCUGUUUCGGGAGUUUGGCAAGCGCGUUGAACUGCUGCCCAAACAGGAGGACCAGAUGACGUCACUUCGCAAGCUUGGAUGGCUGCAUGCCGAUGAAAUGACAUGGGGCUAUGUGCAGUGGGACCCACAGAAUGAGCGGCUGGUUCCCAACAAGGAAAAGGCGGGAGUAUCAUUUGAGCAGGUGGCGGCUGUCAUUGCCUCCAUCCAGCAGCUGGCGGACCGUGAAGAGGCCAUCAUGCGGUUCCAUCCGAGCCGCCCCUUGGAACAGACUAUGGGAGGACGCAAUCUCACUUUUACGCUUCAGUUGAGUCUCUUUGGCGACGCUUCGAAUAGCAUCAAAGAGCAUCUGGAGCUACUCAGUGGACUAGCGGCCACGCAGCUGAUAGGCAU